CCGGGCAGCGAGUGAGGGGGUGCUGGGCAGAGGGGGGCUGCGCCUGCGAAAGCCCGCCCCUAUCCCCUCCCGCCCUUCCCGGGGAUGAGCCUCCGCGUCUGCCCGCCCCACGCCGAGGGCGGAGGCCGCACGCACAUCCCCGCUCCGCUGGCGCCCGCCGGGUCUCCGCCACAGCCCCCAUCCGCUCGGGUCGCAGUCCUCGGAGCCGCCGCGGUUCUGCCCGAGGCCCGCGGCUGGUUCUGCUCCAGGAACAUGAACUGGGCGGCCGCCGUGUGCUGGGCUCUGCUGCUAGCGGCCACCUUCCUCUGCGACGGCAGUGCAGCCAAGGGUGGCCGCGGUGGGGCCCGUGGCAGCGCCCGGGGUGGGCGCGGGGCCUCGAGGGUGCGUGUGAGGCCAGCGCCCCGCUACGCGGGCUCCUCCAUGCGCGUCGCCGCGGGGGCGGCGGCGGGGGCGGCCGCAGGCCUGGCAGCGGGCUCGAGCUGGAGGAGGGCCACGGGGCCGGCGGAGCUCGGCCCAGAGAAUGCGGAGGACGGGGCACCUGGUGGCAACGGGACAGAGCGAAGCGUCUACAGCUACUGGGCGUGGACCUCGGGCGUGGGGCCCACAGGCCACAGGCACCUCUGCCCGCUGCUGGGCGGAACCCUGGGCGCCCUGUGGCUGCUGCAGCCCUAGGCUGGGCUGGGCACUUCUGUCCAGAGCUGUCCCCAGCCUGUGCCCUCCCAGGCCCCGCAGCCACCUAGAGGCUACCCAGCCCUGAUCGCCCUUCCCUCCCCUGCCCACAGCCAGGAGCCUAGAGCAGCAGCGUCGGCAGCUCUGGCCCAUCUGCCCAGAGCUGUGACACCUCCCGCCCGACCCCCUCCCCACCUCACACCCUCCCAGGGGGCGGGUGCCCAGCAGCUCCAGAAUACCCUGCCUCCCGGCUGGGGUUAGAGUCCCCCCUGAGCCAGGACAGGAGGUGUCCUGCUGUGCCCGCACUGGUCGAUGCUGGCCGGCGCCCACCAUUCCACAGGCUGUUCAGGUCACCCCAGCUCCUCUGAGCCCACCCUGGACACUUGAGAGCUACGGGCGGUGCUGACCACUGGGCAGGGAGGCGGACCCUCAGGCUGGGCUGGUUCUGCCACAGCCGAGGACAUGGUGCCCCCCGUCCCCCCACAGAGGCAGUCCCAGGGACUGAAGGACUUGAGGAAAAGCACUGGUCACAAAUCCAGAAAGGAGAGAGGUACGUCUGUGGAUCUGUGAGCCCAACAUGGCCCGUUCUCUGGACACUCCCAGAACACCCUCACCCAGGGCCUGCCCAGAGCCUUGCCCUGCCUGUGGACCCAGGGGCCACAGCCUUCUCUGGGCAGACAUUACAAGACCCACUGCUGGGGGAACCAGGGGAACACAGCCCACAGCGGCCUCCGAAGACGCAAGGUUUGCCUCUGGCUCCCGACGCCAUGUUGGGCGUCUCAGGUGCCUUUCCCUCCAGCUGCCGACCUGCUCCACAGGCAUGAGCCCAGCUUGGGCCCAGGCUCGCCCACCCGUCCUCUGGCUAGAGGAACCCCCGGGCCUCGCAGGACGGCUCCAGCCCGGCUCCUGGUCGGUUGGGCACUGCUGCGGGUGCCGGAGCCUCGCGCGCCACAGGCCUGCCUCCAGAAUCUGCCCUCGCCUGCCCCGCGCCUCGAGGCCUGUGCUCAGCUGACGGAUGCGUGUCCAGACCAGCAUCUCCGGGAGCCCUGCCGCCUCUGCCUUCCCAGCUGGCCCUCGGCUCUGGUUGCAGUCAGGGUCUCAAAUUAUCCACGGGGCCUGGACCAAGCAUUUCUCUCCAAAGACCCAGGCGCCAAGCUACAGGACACAGCUCCCUGGAGCCUCCUGUGUCCACACUGCCAACAUUCUUGGGUGCGGCGCCCAGAUGCCCUCAUCCUCCCAGACUGAGCUCCGGGCUCCGCAAGACCAGCGGUGGGUGGCUGAGCCCAAGCCAGAGCCUCAGAGGCAAUGUUUUAAAGUCUUAAACAGGAGGGCCCAUCAAGGCAGCUCCUUGGUGACUCAGUUCUCCCUGACGGGCCGGGCUGAGCUGUGCUCAGCCUCAGACGCCCAGGAGGACACAAGACUCCGGCUGGUCCAGACCCUCUUCUGCCUCUGCAGCGUGCAGCGCUAACAAUGGACGUGGUGGAAAUACCACUCAUGUCAAAUGAUUCCACUCCACAACCCAACUUCAGGAGGGUUUGGCAUGUGCAGCCACACAUCCCUGAACACUUCCCACCCCACGGGGCAGGGUUCCAACAAGAAGCAGGCGGCGCUCAGGGUGGACAGCCUCAGGAGAACUGACUGGACCAGCCUGUAACAGGACACCCUCGGAAGGAAAGGACAGGGUGUUGAAGCCUGUCCAGGAGCAGGAGAGCUCCAGCCAGCCCAACCUCGAGACCGAGCCCAACCCCAAGUCCUGCAUUCACUGACCUCAGGGCCACUGAGCCCCUGGAGGCCCCCCAACACGUCCUGUGGACAAGAGGCAGGGCAGCGGCCCUCUCGUGGCUUCUCAAACAGGAAUGAUGGCGGCAAAAACAGAGCUCAAUGGAAGGUUUUGUGACUAGAUCACUGUUUAGUUGCCAAAACAUCUGGUCACUCAGGACAAGCGCCUCCCAUGAGUCCUAACCAAUGUAUCUCACACCACCACCCCCAGCCCCAGGCGUCCUCAUGGAGACCUCCAGUGAGCCCACCUCCUCACACCAGGGGCAGCCCCUUCCUAUCUCCACCAGGGGCCCCCGGCGCUCACUGUGACGCGAGCACAUCAAGAGGGGAGGUCUGUAUCUGCAGGUCGGGAGUGCUCAGCCCUUCCCUGGUGCCUGUCCCCAGGAGUCCAGAAGCCUCAGCAUGCCCCCGUUCCAGGCACCCAGUUAAGCCGCUGUGUCCCCACCCAUACAACACAGGGACAACAAAACAACAACUUACUUUUUCCAUAAACAGCACUCUGCCCUCAGAGGUUAACCAAGCCUGAGCUAAUUGAGAACACUGAAAGCCUCCAGACUCCCUGAAGAGGCCGUCCUGGAGAAGUCAGGACAUCCAGCGAGCAAAGGAGGACGGAGCGGAGGCGCCUCCCCUCGGCACACAGACAGCAACAGCAGGUUUCCUUGUUUUUCAGUAAUCAGACAUGCAAUUGCCAGCAAGCCCUUCUGACUGGCACAAGAUAUUGUGUGAACUGAAACAUUUAGCCCACGGUAGAGAAACUGGAGAGUUUUCUCAGAAAUUCCAACUAGAGAUGGUGAUGACUUUCAAACCAACACAUGUGUCUUACAGGGAGCCUCUAAACACAGCUCAGGAAAUACAGCAAAAACAGGGUAUGCAAAGCAUGCUCAUCACUGAGGGAGAUGGUUCCCUCUUCCGAUGCAUCCUUUCAUACAGGAAGAAAGCCUGGUUGGCAGCAACUUUCGAAUGGAGAUUUCAUAUCCCACCUGGAGCCUGCUACUGCUGUAGUGAGUUGGAAGGCGCGGCGGUGCCAGGCGGAAACCUGAGACAAACAAGCUACCUGUGUGCCAGAGGGGAGCUUCUGGGCCCCACACCAGGGAUUCUGACUCACAGGUCUGGAAAGGGGCCUAGACAUCAGUAUUUUCAAGAGCCUCCCAGGGGAAUUCUAAUAUGUAACAAGGAUCGAGAACCACUGCUUUAAAUGUCAGUAACUAUGACAGGUGACCCUGUUGGCCACUGUGGGGCUGACUGGACCAGAGCAGGGACCAGGGAAGAAGGCAGAUGGAAACAAGGUAACAGCCAGGAAUGCUUCUCGGGUCGUGUGCACUGCCCGACUCCGGAUGGUCUCCCCUGCACUACCGCUCUGCUCCCGAUCCCAGUGGGGUUGGAGGAGGGGAUCCCCUCACCAAGCAGUUCUCACCACCAGCUGGGGUCCUUCUGUUCAGCACAACUCUGACUCCAUCUACCUAGAGACAGCAUCAGACCCCACAGUCUGAGCUCAGGAAUGCCACCACCCCUCACUUCAAAUAGCAACUGCAGUUGAGGUUUGACAGAAAACAGCAAAAUUCUGUAAAGCAAUUAUCCUUCAAUAAGAAAUAAAUUAAUUUUUAAAAAUAGCAACUCCAAGUCCAGGUUGUCACCUGUCACUUCUGA